AAAAAAUAUAUAAGAAAAGAAGAGCAGAGGAUCUUAGGCAAGGCUAUAUAUAUUAUUGGCCACAUCAUGGAAUAGAAUUGUGAAGACAGAGAUCAGAGCGAGAAAGACAGAUAGAGCAGGGGUGACCUGACCUACUGAUCGAACACAAAUUAAGGAACAUAUAGACUAGAGAGAUGGCUGCUCGCACGGAUUUGCUUGGUUGCUUGCUUGUUGCCAUUGUAGCCGUGUUGCUACACCCUUCCGCAGCACAAUCGACGACCCAUGUAGUGGGAGACAGCUUGGGUUGGAGGAUUCCUCCUGGCGGCCCAAUCGCCUACUCCACCUGGGCUUCCAGCAACACCUUCAUGGUCGGUGACAUUCUCGUGUUCAACUUCACCACCGGACAGCACGAUGUGGCCGAAGUGACCAAGACAGAUUUCGAUAACUGCGAUGGGAGCAGCACCAUUGGUUCCGUGCAAACGACCGGCCCGGCAAGGAUCACACUCAACUCUCAAGGCCAGCACUACUAUAUCUGCACCUUCAACGGUCAUUGCGCAGUUGGUCAAAAGCUAGCCAUCAACGUCUUACCUUCCGGCAGCAGCACCACACCUUCAUCGUCAGGAAGCCCAACCUCAUCCCCAGCUCCCACGGCAGGAGGAUCCGCCCCUAACUCUGCCCCUGCUGUUGCUGUUGCCGGCAUCUCUGCCACUUUGUUGUCCUUCACUGUUGCCUUCUUGUUUUAGAUAUAUACACUAAUAACUAUUGUAGUUGUAGGCUGUUUUUUAUUUUUAUUUGUUAGAUUGUAUUCUCUUCAUACAUAUAUACAUACUACUACUUCAUUUAUGUGAUACGUGAUUGACUGUUGCAUUGUAUGUAUACAAUUGACAGAUUACGUUUUGUAUUGGAAAUAAUAAGGUUGUUUGAUUUUCAGCC